UCGAAUCACAGUUCAAGUGUCUCAAGGAAUGAUCUACGGAGGAAAAGAUCUGCUACCGAAUGGAAAUCCCUACUACUACUUCAAAUCGAUUCCGUACGCCAUGGCUCCGGUGUUCGAUUUGCGAUUCCGUUCUCCGGUUCCCCUGGAGCGUUUUCCGACCAACUUCCUGGAUUGUACCCGGGAACGGAGACAUUGCAUGGGAAUGGAUAUGUUUACGAAACAGAUAUCCGGCGAAGAGGACGGGCUCUGUUUGCAUGUUUAUACUCCGAAACUUCCUGGAGUCAAAGGGCUGGACGAAGACAGGAAGCUUCCGGUGAUGGUGUUUCUUCAUGGUGGAGGGCUGAUGGGUGGACAUGGAGGAAGUGGCCGAUAUAUGCCGGAUUAUAUCCUUCAGGAAGAUGUGGUAGUUGUGACUGUUAACUAUCGGUUGGGAGUUCUUGGAUUCCUGUGUCUUCCGGAAGCUGGGAUUGAAGGCAAUGCUGGGCUCAAAGACCAGCGUCUAGCUCUCCGAUGGGUUCAUCAGAACAUUGUUCGAUUCAGCGGGGAUCCCAACAACGUGACCCUGUUUGGAGAAAGUUCCGGAUCCAUUUCGGUACAUCUACACUGUCUAAACAAAGAGUCAAAGAAGUACUUCCACAAGGGUAUCCUAAGCAGUGGUUCAGUGUUCUCCGAUUUUGGUCACCAGGAAGCACCCGAGGAAAAGGCAAGAAAAAUGGCACGGCUCUUAGGUUAUGACCCCAAAAGUGAUCAGGAAGUUUUGGAGAUUCUCCAAAGAACCCCGGCCAAUAAGUUGGUUCAACUUCAGUUUUCGGUCCUGUCUAAGCGAGAAGAAACAAUCGAGAGUGUUUCGCUGUUUCCGUUUUCUCCUGUCAUUGAGACUGAACGCUCUGUGGACUCAAUCAUCACAAAACAUCCACUGGAGCUAAUGAAACAACCGGAUGCUAUUGGGAUCCCACUUAUUGCGGGUUAUAAUGAUUUAGAGGGCAUGAUAGUGCUGAUUGAUGCGUUGAAGCAGCUGGACGUUUACAAUUUGGAACCGGAACGUUUUCUUACCCGAACUUUGAAUGUGGACUUCCACAGUCCGGAAGCUAGAAUCGUCGGGGAACAGCUUAGAAAGUUCUACUUCGGUGAUCAAUCCAUUAGUCGUAAGACGCUUCCACAGUUGGUAGAUAUACUAUCCGAUAAAUAUAUUAUCGCAUAUCCGGUCAUCGAGGAAUUGUGGUCCAAAUACGAACAUAACGCCAAACUCUACGGUUACAGAUUUUCGUUCGACGGACAGUUGAAUAAGGGCAAAGCUCUGGUGCCAUGUACAGACAUCAAAGGAGCAUCUCACAUCGAUCAAGUUUAUUACCUGUUUAGCUCUGUUAUCAUGAACACGGAUGUUCCUGAAUCGUCUCCAGCCUACCAAAUGCGAAAUAUUGUCGUUCGAAUGUUUACCAACUUCGCCAAAUACGGGGAUCCAACUCCCUCGAAUCGAAGUGACAAGCUGUUGCGGUUUAAAUGGCGACCAGUUGAAAAUGUCCCGGUGGAAUCGAAGGAACUGAAACUGGAGCUGCUCGACAUUGGUGAUCAAGUUGGAAUGGUUCGAAUGCCGGAGCGAAAGCGGAUGGAGUUUUGGAACGGUUUGUACGAGAAGUAUAACGGACAUAUGGGAAAUAUUUACAUUCCAAGUUUAAAAAAUCGUGAAAAUAAAUAA